CGUGCUUCACGGCGCCGGACCGGGCGGGAGUGUCAGGGAUCUGUCAUGGAGCAGCCGGAGCCAGACGCCGCCUCAGACGACGCCAUGGACUCGUUCCUGGAAAAGUUUCAGAGCCAACCUUACCGCGGCGGCUUCCACGAGGACCAGUGGGAGGAGGAAUUUGAAAAGAUCCCCCUAUUUAUGAAGAAAGCACCAUCAGAAAUCGAUCCCAAGGAGAAUCCUGACUUGGCUUGCCUCCAGUCAAUUAUUUUUGAUGAGGAGCGUCCUCCAGAAGAACAGGCCAAGACCUAUAAAGAUGAGGGCAAUGAUUACUUUAAAGAAAAAGACUAUAAGAAAGCUGUGAUUUCGUACACUGAAGGACUAAAGAAGAAAUGUGCAGAUCCUGAUUUGAAUGCUGUCCUUUAUACCAACCGUGCAGCAGCACAGUACUAUCUGGGCAAUUUUCGUUCUGCUCUCAAUGAUGUGACAGCUGCCAGAAAGCUAAAACCCGGCCACAUGAAAGCAAUAAUAAGAGGUGCCUUAUGCCAUCUGGAACUGAAACACUUUGCCGAGGCUGUGAACUGGUGUGAUGAGGGGCUGCAGAUAGAUGCCAAAGAGAAGAAGCUUCUGGAAAUGAGGUCUAAAGCAGACAAGCUGAAGCGAACUGAACAGAGGGAUUUGAGGAAAGCAAAGUUGAAAGAAAAGAAGGAGCAGAAUCAGAAAGAGGCUUUACACUGGGCCAUCAAGGCUAGAAACAUCAAGCUUGUCUCUGAAGCUGCUGGUGAGGAUGGAGGCUCAGCAUCAGAGGGUCUAGGUGCGCUUUUCCUGGAUGGACUCAGCUCUGAGAACCCCUAUGGAGCCAAGCUGAGUCUAGAUGACCAGGGCAGGCUGAACUGGCCUGUUCUCUUUCUGUACCCAGAGUAUGCCCGAUCGGACUUCAUCUCUGCCUUUCAUGAGGACUCCAGGUUUAUUGAUCAUCUAAUGGUGAUGUUUGGUGAAGUGCCCUCUUGGGACUUAGAGCAAAAAUACUGCCCUGAUAAUUUGGAGGUCUACUUUGAGGAUGAGGACAGGGCAGAACUAUACUGGGUACCUCCUACAAGCACCUUGCUGCAGGUACUGCAGCACCCCAGGUACUUUGUAAAAGCCCUGACACCAGCAUUUUUGGUCUGUGUAAGAUCCUCUCCUUUUUGCAAGAAUUAUCUCUGGGGGAGAAAGGUGCACCAGUCCAAGUGACUAAGGCAGGCUGUGGGAGCCAGGACCCCUGGAUCUCCUUCCUCACCUUCCUCUGCCUGAACUCUAACACGCGUGAAUCAGAUGGAUACACUUUUAAGGUCUAGCACUUUAUUUCUGUCACCCUUGGGACAGUCCUUCCUUGCAUCUUGGUGGGGAAAGAGCUGCUGACUUUCCUAAACUGCAGCUUCCCUGGUCAAGAUACUGAGCUUCAGCUGGUCUUCACUCUCCUCAGUUGAUACAAAACUUGGUGCCUUGGUCAUGACUCCUUUGGACUCUUUCUCUGAAGGCACCAUCUACUGUAGUUACCACAGCAACUGACCCGAGUAACUCACUGGCCUGUGGCGACUGACUGAGGAUCCAGUGAUGUGGUUUCGAACCUCUGUGGAGUUAGAUGUCUUAGAGAAACUACCCCUCAAACCACAUGCACACACUUAAACUAUGCAUUUACAGUAGUCCCCACUUAUUUAUGAUGGAUACUUUCUGAUAUCCCCAGUGGAUGCCUGAAACUGCGGAUAGCACUGAACCCUAUAUACACUGUAUGCGACAGUCAAUUUGAUAACUGAGAUGGCUACUAAGUGACUAAUGGCGGGUAGCAUGUACAGCGUGGAUACACUGGACAAAGGGAUGAUUCAUGUCCCACACAGGGUGGCGUGAGAUUUCAUCAUGCUAUGCAGAACGACUUGCCAUUUAAGACUUAUGAAUUGUUUAUUUCUGGAAUAUUCCAUUUAAUAUUUUCGGACUACAGUUGACUAUGGGUAACUGAAACCGAGGAAAGCAAAAGGAGGACUACUGUAAUUUCAAGGCUUUAAGGCCUCCAGAGAUUUCAUGAGCACAGAGGGGAGCUGCAUGGGGUUACUGUAGAUGUAUUGGGGUGGAAUGGGGCCAGGAAAGCCACAUCCUGUUUUUUCAUUUAUAAAGAUCAUACAAACUGGGAUCCUUGGUACCCCUGAAAAGUUUGCCAGUUUUCCUGAUCUUUGUAGUAUGGUGAACUGUGACAGAUUUGGACAGUGGCCUUUGAGUUCCUCUGAAUUUUUCACAUUUUAGGAUUGUGUGCCUUUUAAGCUGGCAAAUCUUUUUACAUGUUGGAUCAUUGUAUAGCUUGUAUUUUUGUCUGCAGGUAUUUGUCCCCCCUUCCUAGAGGAUUUUAUAUAUCCAUUCCUGUAGCCAUGUGACCUCUUGCAGUGUCUACCCCAUCCUCCAGGGGUACUUCCUUGCUCCUGAUGCAGAUAGAUGUGAGCAGACAUAACUUACGCCAUGUCCAGAUAGAAGCUCGAAGAGCCAUUUUGUAGUAGGCUUUUGUUCUUUUCCCUCUGCCGUGAGAACGUAUUUCCCAAACACGAGCUAUUUCUCAGCCUGGGUGCCAGAAUGGUAAGACACAUGGAGCAGAGCUGAACAGCUGGCUCACAGCCAUUGAUUGUAACGUGAAUGAGAACUAAAUGUUGUAGUAAACACUGAGAUUUGGGGUUGUUUGUUAUUAUAGCAAAGCUGACUAAUACAUCAUUAAACAGAAACCAGCUGCUGUUCUUAA